AUGGACCAGGGUCCUAUAACAUCUGUUUCCACAUCUAUUGUGCUUCAUGAAGACAAAAAAUACUAUCCAGAUGCUGAAGAAGUAUUUGGACGGGAUGUGGAAACUCUUAUUCAAGAUACUGAUACCCAAUCGCUAUCCGAGCCCAUUAUAGCACCAAUAAAGACAAAAGUAUUCUCAGUGGAGGAGAGUGAGCUUCCAGAGGUUUUCUAUUCAAGGGCAUACCAAGCAAACCUCAUGGGACUACCUGACCAAAUAAGAAAUGUGGCCAUAGCUGGUCAAAUUCAUCAUGGUAAAACAUCCUUGGUAGAUAUGUUGGUUACCGAAACACAUGAUCUCAAAGCAUUCGAGGGUAGGAAAGAAGAUGAGCAAUUCAGAUAUACAGACACCCAUGUGCUAGAACGAGAUAGAGGCAUUUCAAUAAGAUGUUCUCCCAUAUCGCUGUUACUACAGAAUGGUAAAGGAAAAUCACACUUAUUUAAUAUUAUCGACACACCGGGUCAUGUUGAUUUCAUUGACGAGGUGGCUGUGGCAGCUCGACUUGUGGAUGGAAUGGUAGUCGUGGUAGAUGUCAUCGAAGGAUUGCAAAUCAACACUCGACAAGUAUUACAGCAUAUUGUACAAGAGGGUUUGUCGUUCGUUGUGGUCAUCAACAAGAUUGAUCGAUUAAUCCUCGACCUGAAACUACCACCUGUUGACGCGUAUUAUAAGAUCCUGCAUGUUCUUGACACUAUCAACGAUUUUCUCAAAACUAUAUCGCCAUUAGACCCCAAGGUUGUAUCUCCACACAAGGGCAACGUUGUAUUUUCAUCGGCAUCCAUGGAAUGGUGUUUUACCGUCAAGUCGUUUGCAGCUAUGUACAGUACACGAUCCAGCCUCAAAACUCCACUUGAUGUGGAUGAGUUUUCUAAACGUCUAUGGGGCAAUAUUUAUUACAACCCAGAAAGCAAGAAAUUCACAAGAAAGAAUCUUGAUUCUCAGGGAACUCUUACUUUCGUACAUUUCAUUCUUCUCCCUCUGUAUAAGAUCUAUGGUCAAGUUAUUGGUGAAAGUGCGGAAGAUUUACAAAAGACCCUAUCUGAGCUAAGCAUUCAUCUGAAACCUUUUGUGUACAAAAUGAAUAGCAAACCAUUAUUAAAGAUUGUCUGCAAGGAGUUUUUCGGCACUUCUUCUGCCUUGGUUGACUCUAUUUUGGCAUGUAUUCCCUCACCGGUUGAAGGUGCCAAAAGAAAAAUUCAACGCACCUAUACAGGCCCACAACAGGACUCUAAACUGGUGGAAUCUAUGUAUACCUGUAACCAAGAUGGACCUUUGGCUGUUAAUGUUGCCAAAUUAUUCACCAGUUCUGACGGAUCUGAAACUUUUGCUCUCGGUAGGGUCAUCAGUGGCACGCUUAAUGUCGGCGACGAGGUGCGUGUUUUGGGUGACAAUUAUACUUUGGAAGAUGAGGAGGACAUGGCUGUUAAUAGAGUAUCUGAGCUAUGGAUUCCAAAUACUAGAUACAAAGUAGCGGUCAACGCAGUACCUGCCGGUAAUUGGGUGUUGAUAGGUGGUGUUGAUUCAUUAAUCGUCAAAACAGCUACUUUAGUUUCAACACAGCUAGAUGAAGAUGCAUACAUUUUCCAGCCAAUAAAAUAUGUGGCUCAGACUAUCUUCAAGGUGGCAGUCGAACCAGUCAACCCGUCCGAGUUGCCUAAAUUAUUAGACGGAUUACGAAAAGUUACCAAAACCUAUUCUUUACUACAGACAAAAGUAGAAGAGUCUGGUGAGCAUGUUUUACUAGCCAGCGGAGAGAUGUACAUGGAUUGCGUACUACAUGAUCUUCGUCUACUGUAUACUGAAAUGAACAUCAAAGUUUCUGAUCCUGUAACCAGGUUUUCUGAGACUUGUGUAGAAACCUCUGCAAUCAAAGCAUUCACCGAAACGCCCAACAAGCGCAGCAAGAUAACGAUAAUUGCAGAACCUCUGGAAAAAGGUAUCGCAGAAGAUAUUGAAGCAGGCAAGAUCAAAAUCAACGAGUGGCCUGCUCGAAAAGUGGGAAAGUACUUCCAGGAGAACUUUCAAUGGGAUGCACUUUCUGCUAGAUCAAUUUGGGCAUUUGGUCCUGAUAAUCUCGGACCCAAUAUUCUCUUGGAUGACACGUUACCGGAUGAAGUAGAUAAGAAUCUCUUAAACGCUGUCAGUGGGUCGAUAAAGCAGGGAUUCCGUUGGAGUACGAGAGAGGGUCCAUUAUGUGAAGAGCCUAUUAGAAGCACGAAAUUCAGAAUUCUCGACGCAGUUUUGUCUGAUGAGCUUUACACCAGAGGUGGUGCUCAGAUAAUUACGACAGCACGUCGGGCUUGUUACUCGUCAUUUUUACUAGCGGCACCACGGUUGCUAGAGCCCAUUUACUUAUGUAAUGUCACAUGUCCUGGAGAUGCCGUUGCAGCUGUUUAUGGCUUAUUACGACGAAGAAGAGGUGAGGUAUUAUCAGAUUCAGCUAUUCCUGGUACUCCUUUGUACCUUGUGGAGGGUGUGAUUCCCGUCAUCGACUCCUUUGGUUUUGAAACAGAUUUAAGAGUUGCUACUAGAGGACGAGCAUUUGUUUCACUUGUAUUCGACCAAUGGCAAAUCGUUCCUGGUGACCCUCUUGACAGAGAACAGGUCACAAAACCUCUCACCCCCGCCUUGCCAACUGCUUUAGCAAGGGACUUUGUUCUAAAGACCAGACGGCGGAAGGGUCUUAGCGAGGAGCCUACAAUAGAUAAAUAUCUCGAUGAGAGCGUGCUUGAGUCAUUGCGAGAUUCUGGUCUUAUAGAUAGAUUUUAG